AUGCCCGUAUGCAGCAUGCAGCAACGCAAGAGAACCCACACAGGGGACAAUCCUUAUGAAUGUCCAGAGUGUGGAAAGAGAUUCAGUUGUAGUGGCAGUCUUCAAUGUCAUCAGACAACCCACAUAGGGGAGAGACCUUUUGAAUGCUCAGAGUGUGGAAAGAGAUUCAGUCAGAAUGGCCAUCUUCAACGUCAUCAGAGAACCCACACAGGGGAGAAACUUUUUGAAUGCUCAGAGUGUGGAAAGAGAUUCAGUGGGAGUGGCAGUCUUCAACUUCAUCAGAGAACCCACACAGGGGAGAAACCUUUUGAAUGCUUAGAGUGUGGAAAGAAAUUCAGUGAGAGUGGCAAUCUUCAACGUCAUCAGAGAACCCACACAGGGGAGAAAUCUUUUGAAUGCUCAGAGUGUGGAAAGAGAUUCAGUCGGGGUGGCAGUCUUCAACUUCAUCAGAGAACCCACACAGGGGAGAAACCUUUUGAAUGCUCAGAGUGUGGAAAGAAAUUCAGGGUGAGUGGCAGUCUUCAACGUCAUCAGAGAACCCACACAGGGGAGAAACCUUUUGAAUGCUCAGAGUGUGGAAAGAGAUUCAGUCGGAGUGGCAGCCUUCAACUUCAUCAGAGAACCCACACAGGGGACAGACCUUUUGAAUGCUCAGAGUGUGGAAAGAGAUUCAGUGAGAGUCGCACUCUUCAAUGUCAUCAGAGAACCCACACAGGGGAUAAACCUUUUAAAUGCUCAGAGUGUGGGAAGAAAUUCAGUGAAAGUGGCAAUCUUCAACGUCAUCAGAGAACCCACACAGGGGAGAAACCGUUUGAAUGCUCAGAGUGUGGAAAGAGAUUCCGUCAGAAUGGCGGUCUUCAACUUCAUCAGAGAACCCACACAGGGGAGAGACCUUUUGAAUGCUCAGAGUGUGGAAAAAGAUUCAGUCAGAGUGGCCAUCUUCAGUAUCAUCAGAGAACCCACACAGGGGAGAAACCUUUUGCAUGCUCAGAGUGUGGAAAGAGAUUCAGUGAGAGGAGGCGUCUUGAACAGCAUCAGAGAACACACAGAGGGAGGAAUCGUUAG